UCUGACUUCUUACUAGCAAUUAACCCAAUAUCAUCCCGUGUCUUAGUGAACUUUUAAUAAAAAUAUAAUCAAAAUCUCAGUAAAAUUUAAUUAGUAAUUCUUUUUUACUUCUUUUUUAAGUCUUCUUAUUCAUUAAUUUCAUUCAUAAGCAUUAUUGUAUCUAUAAGAGUCAUUACAAGAAAGGCAUCAAAUCAACACUAACUACUAGUUUACUUAGAUCAUUAAAAUGUUCAUAUUAGAUUGGUUUACUGGAGUACUUGGUUUCUUAGGAUUAUGGAAAAAAAGAGGGAAGUUAUUAUUUCUUGGAUUAGAUAAUGCAGGAAAAACAACGCUUCUUCACAUGCUCAAAGAUGAUCGAUUAGCCCAACAUGUACCCACGUUGCAUCCAACUUCGGAAGAAUUAUCGAUUGGAAAUAUUCGAUUCACAACGUUUGAUCUCGGUGGUCAUACACAAGCGCGUCGAGUCUGGAAAGAUUAUUUCCCAGCUGUAGACGCAAUUGUAUUUUUAGUGGACGCCAGUGAUAGGUCACGACUUCCAGAAUCACGGGCUGAGCUUGAUGCAUUAUUGACAGAUGAACAGUUAAGCUCGUGUCCUGUUCUCGUUUUAGGCAAUAAAAUAGAUAAACCUGGUGCGGCGUCUGAAGUUGAACUCAGGAAUUUCUGUAACCUUUAUGGUCAAACAACUGGAAAAGGUAAGAUUCCUCGUAGUGAAAUUCCCGGCCGUCCACUCGAGUUAUUUAUGUGCUCAGUCCUCAAAAGACAAGGCUACGGUGAAGGUUUCCGUUGGCUUGCCCAAUAUAUCGACUGAAUAUAUUUAUUUCAUAAUUAACAUUUAUCAUUUGUAUUACCAAGGAAAUGAAUUAAAUGAAGCAAACAAAUUGAUUCAAAAACAAAGUACAUCAACAUAAAGACAAUGACAAUUCGGAUACUCCUCAUUAGUGAUUUUUUUUGUCUUUCCAUCCAUCGAGUCAUAUCAAAGAUAUGCAGCUGAGUAGUUAAUUUUAAUUAACAGAAAUGUGUGAUGAAGUAUUCGGGUACUACUCUCAUUAAACUAUUUUUUGCUAAUUAGUUUUAAAUGAAUCUUAGGAGAAAAUUCGCUCAGUUAUGUGACAUGAUUAUGCAAUUACUAAACAGAACAUAUGGUGAAAAUGAAAUAGAAACGAAUGAAAUAAUUACGUAAAAUACAAAUAUCGAUAAUGAUAAACACAUUUUGAUAAAUAAACUCAUGAAUAAAAUUAUUAUUUGAGAAUGA